UCCGUGUCCGCGUGUGUGUGUCCAUGUGUGUGAGUGUGUGUGCGCGCGCUACGCCUGGAGCUCCCUUCAUUGAGUCACUGCUCGUGGCUCUCCGCUCCUGCUUUCUCCCACGGCCGCGGGGCUGAGGCAGAGGACCCGGCUUCAGGAAGGAGAGGUCAGGGACGGAGUCUGAGGGAAGCUCUCCCUGAUCCAGACUUGAGCUUGGGGCGAGCGUCCGAGGCCGGAAGCGCCUCCGAGGGUCGGAACUUUCUCAGCGCUCCGGCCGUGGCGAGUGCCGUGGGGAGUGAAGGAAAGUGCUCCUCGGACGUGUAGCCUGGGGCUCACGCUUGCUCGGGCUCCCGAGUCUGCGGCUCUUCGACCGAGGGCCUGGAGAAGAAUGCGGACAUUAUUGCCACGCAUCUGAGAUUCAAGAGGGAGGAUCCUGAAGAAUGGCCAGCUCUAGUUCUCAAGACAUGGUCUGUAGGUCAGUGACAUUCAGAGAUGUGGCUGUUGACUUCUCUCAGGAGGAGUGGGCCUGCCUGGAUGCUACUCAGAGGGUCUUAUACAGGGACAUGAUGUUGGAGACUUACAGUAACCUCGUCACAGUGGUGGGAAGUUCCGUUUCCAAACCCGAUCUGAUCGCCUUAUUAGAGCAGGAGAGAGAGCCCUGGAUGGUUGUGACGGAAGUAACAGACAGGCCCAGCCCAGAUUUUGAAUCAAAUUAUGAAGCUCAAAAGUUAUCUCCAGACAAUCAUAAUAUAAAUUUACUCAAAGAGAGCAUAAAGCAUGUAAAGAAAACUUUUGACCUCCAGGGCUCCAGUUUUAGUAAUGGCCCCAACUAUAGAACAUUCAAGGGACUACAGAGUUGUCCAGAAGGAAAAGAUGAUCAAAAGAUUACAAAGAAGGAAAAAAUACCUACUUUUGCCAGUCAAACUAUUACUCACAAUAUAGAAAAAGCAUAUGAAUGUAAAGAGUGUGGGAAGUACUUUGGUUGUACUUCAACUCUUAUUCAGCAUCAGACUAUUCAUAUUGGAAAGAAAGCCUAUGAAUGCAAGGAUUGUGGGAAGGCCUUCAGAUGCCAGCAACAGUUUACAAGACAUCAGAAAUCUCACAGUGGUGAGAAACCUUAUAAAUGUGAUGAAUGUGGAAAGGCAUUUCAUCUUCCCAAUCUGCUUAAGUACCAUAAAACCAUUCAUACAGGUAUAAAACCAUUUGAAUGUGAGGAAUGUGGGAAGUCCUUCAAGCGAGUCUCCCACCUUGUUGAACAUAGGAGUAUUCAUGCUGGUGCAAAACCAUAUGAAUGUAAUGAGUGUGGCAAAGCCUUUAAACGUCGCUCAUAUGUUACACAGCAUCAGAAAAUUCAUUCUGGUGAGAGACCCUUUCAGUGUAAGGAAUGUGGAAAAGCCUUCACUUUUCUGGCACAGCUCAAUCGGCAUCAGAAUAUUCAUAAUGGAGGGAGAGCAUUUGAAUGUAAGGAGUGUGGGAAGAUAUUCAGUUUUGGUUCAUACCUUUUGCGGCACCAGAGUAUUCAUACUGGUGAGAAACCCUUUGAGUGUAAAGUAUGUGGGAAGGCUUUUAGGCUUCAGUCAUACCUUUCUGAGCAUAAGAAAACUCACACUGAUGAGAAACCUUUCAAGUGCAAGUUAUGUGGGUUAGCCUUCCGACGUAAGGACCAACUUAGUGAGCAUCAGAGAACUCAUACUGAUGUGAAACCCUAUCAGUGCAAGGAAUGUGGGAAAUCCUUUCGUCGGCGUUCAAGUUUUACUGAUCAUCAGAGUAUUCACACUGGAAAGAAACCCUUUGGUUGUAAAGAAUGUGGAAAAGUCUUUAGACUUAAUAUACAUCUUCUACGACAUCAGAAAUUUCAUAGUGGCAAGAGACCUUUUGAAUGAAAGGCUUUUCAUCUUUCCAGCCAGCUUAAUUACCAUAAAAGCAUUCAUACAAAUCAAAAACCAUUUGCUUGCAAGGAGUGUGGGAAGUCCUUCAAUUAUGUCUCUAGUCUUGUUGGUCAUAGAAUUAUUCAUGCUGGUGUGAAACCAUAUGAAUGUAAUGAGUGUGGGAAAACCUUUAAUCAUCGCUCAAACCUCAAGCAACAUCAGAAAAUUCAUUCUGGUGAAAGACCCUUUCAGUGCAAGGAAUGUGGAAAGGCCUUUAUUGUUCUGGCACAGCUCACUCGGCACCAGAGCAUUCAUACUGGAGAGAAAUCAUUUGAAUGUGAGCAGUGUGGGUCAGCCUUCAGACUUAAGUCCCUACUCAAUCAACAUCAGAAAAUUCAUACUGAUGUGAAACCUUAUCAGUGCAAGGAAUGUGGAAAGGGUUUUGUUCGUGGUACAUUCCUUAAAAUUCACCAGAGAAUCCACACUGGUGAGAAGCCCUUUCAAUGUAAGGAAUGUGGGGAAGGCUUUCAAUAUCAUUACCAAUUUCUUGGACAUUUUAGAUUUCAUACUGGCAAGAAUCCUUAUGAAUGUAAAGAAUGUGGGAAGUGCUUUACUUGUGGUAGAUACCUUAAAGUACAUCAAAGAAUUCACACUGGUGAGAAACUUUACCAAUGUUAAGAAUGUGGGAAGACCUUUAGUCAAAAAUCAAACUUGGUUGGACACACUAAAAUUCAUAGUGGAAAGAAGUCUUAUAGAAGUAAGGAAUGUGGAAAUUCCUUUAGCAAUAAUGCUAAGCUAGCUGUAUAUCAAAAUUUGUAUUGGUGAGAAACCACAUUGAAUGUAAGAAAUGUGGGAAGAUGUUUAGAUUUAGUUCAGCCUUCGCUGAAUAACAGAGAAUUCAUACUGGUGUGACACCCUAAAGAAUGAGAAAAUACUUUCAAUUGGAACUCAGGCCUUCAAAAUAAAGGAAUCCAUGCUUAGUUGAAACCCUGUGGAUGCAAGGAAUGAGGGAACACUUUUAGAAUUAGCCAAGCUCUUAAAGCUCUUCACAGAGUCCAUAUAAGUCUGAAACCCUAUGAAUGUAAAACAUGUGGGAAAGCAUUUAUUGUAAUGGUGAGCUUACACAACAUCAGAAAAUCCAUGAUCAUCAGGAGUCCUGUGCAUGUUAAGAAAGUGGAUAAGUCCUCGUAUGAAAAUUUUAGUGAACAUCAGAGAACUCAUUUUGGCAAGAUUGUGGAUGAAAAGAAUUUGGGAAAAACUUUAAUCUGCUCUAGUAUCUAGUAUUUGGUCACCAUCAGAGUAUUCAUAUACUCUUCGUGCCAAGAACCCUUUUGUCUUAGGGUUUCUAUUGCUUCAAUGAAACCCUGAGACCAAAAAGCA